AUGUCGAAAUUUAUUUGUGCAACAUCAACAACAAGAAAUAUAAAUUCAUCAUCACAUCAUCAAAAUCGACCAAAAUAUAUUUCACCAUUACAAAAAUUGGAUGAACGAACAAAAAAUUGGCAACCUGGACGAGUACAAGAAGAAAAUCGAUUAAAACAACUCUAUGAACAAGGUAAAUGUAAUAUUUUUCAACCAUUAUCUUCUUAUAGGUAUUAUCAUAUUCAUAAAAAAACACCUAUUGAUUUACUCGAUGAUUUAAUUGAUUAUGCCAAAGCAGUAAAACAUUACACAAUUGAUACUGAAGAUCAAUUAGUACCAAAAAGACCAUCAAUUCCAGCAUUAAUACAAAUUGAAUAUGUUUAUGAUAAUAAUCCAUCAAUUUUACUAAUUAUUGAAUGUAUGUAUUUACCAGAACAAAAUGAACCAACAUUUACAAAAAUUAAACAAUUAUGUAAAAUUAUAUUUUCGAUGGGACAUACAAUUUAUUCAUGGGGAAACCUUGCCAAUGAACUUGAAGAUUUUUAUCAAUACAAUUUAUUCGAUAAAAAUGAUAUUAAUCAUGUUAAUGGAAGAAAUGUACAAGGUGAAUUUAAAAAAUAUUUCAACACAACCUAUCCAACAUCACCAGAUAUUAAAUUAAAAUCAAACGAAACUUAUUCUCUUCAAUUUGCAAUCUUCAACACAUUCAACGAAUGGUUAACCAAACGUUAUACACUUGGAAAUUUUGGCUGUGGGCUUGAUCCAGCAUUAUAUACAAUAACUGUACCAAAACAAUUUAUGUAUAUGCAAGAACAAGUCAUUGAAGACGAAAAAGAAAUAAAAGAAUUAUUAAUUAAUUAUGCAUUAAAUGAUUGUCUCGGUGUUACGAAAUUAGUAAAUAAAUUACCAUCACCAACAAAAUCUUCAACAUCAACAACAACAUGUAAUGAUAUAGUUACACUUAAAUAUUAUGAAGAAGAAUAUUAUGUUGAAAUUAAUGCACCAAAUGAUGAAUUAACAUUAAAUGAUAAUGAUAUUCCUGAUGAACAAAAACAAAAUUCAUUAACCGGGGUUCAUGUACGAGAUGAACCUUAUGAAGUGAUAAGUGAUAAUGAAAUUGAUGAUAUUUCAUUACCAGAAAUUACAAAAUUACAUUUACCAUUGAAACAACAUCAUUUAGAUGAACCUCAAGAACGGGUUCAUGGUCAAGGUAAGUCUUUAAAUGAAAUUGAAAUAAUUUCAGAUGAUGAUAUUGAACAAUAUACAACAACAACAAGACCAUUCCGAUCUCGACAACAUCGACAACAUCAACAACAUCAAUCAUUAACAAGAAACCAAAGAAAAAAUAGAAAGAAACGAAGAAGAAGAUAUCGAUUUGAAGUUAUUCGACGAAUUUACCACAAAUUUAACAUCAGCAACAUCAAGAAAAUAUUAAUAUUUAUGAACAUUCCUCAUGAGAACUUAAAUGUCGUUGGUCAUACCUUAUUUUUGGAUAUGAAAAAUAAACAAAUGGAAAAAGAAGUCGACGAAAAAUUACACGAUGGCUUAUUUACAAAAGAACAUUAUUAUCGGAUUCGGAAAAAACUCCACCUCGACAAAAAUCAAUAA